AUGGAGAUCCUGUCCUCCCUCUUUGGCACCUUGCACCCCAGUUUCUACUGGGUGUCCCAUGAAGACUUCAGCUACCAGCGCUGGCCAGAACAGUCCUUGCUCCUUCUUCCACAUAUCCUAUUGCUGUCACCUGGAUGGCAGAGGGGUUCCUGCUGCUCUUUUUCUUCCAGCACCAACCUCCACCUGUGUUUUUCCUUCCCAGACGCUCUCUUGCUUUCCUACAAUUUCUCCAUCACAUCUCAGGCCAGGCCCGGACAACCGUGGUGUGAGAUUCAAGGCCAGGUCAAUGGAAACGAGUAUUAUGCCUGUGGGAGCAGGCGGGUCAGACCCGUUGGUCCUUGGGGGAUGAAGCUGAAGGACACAGCAUUUUGGGACACACAUAUGGAACCUCUGGAAGACCUGGGGGAAGAGCUCAGAAAGAAACUGCUGGACAUCAAAGCAGAGAUUUUCACUGAGAGCGAUUCUCUCACCCUGCAGGGCAGCCUCGUGUGUGAAUGUGGGGCCCACGGACACAGCAGAGGAUCUUGGCAGUUUGUAUUCAAUGAGCAGUUAACCUGCCUCUUUGACCCGGAGAAGAGAAAGUGGAUAGAGAUUCCUCUUGGAGACCAACAGGUUAAGGACGUGUUGGAUGGUGACAGAGAGCUGACCGAGCUCCUCAUGAAGAUCGCGAACGGAGACUGUAAGAGAUGGCUCCAGAAACUGCGGGAGCACAGCAAUGAGACGCAGGAGACCACAGGGAACUAGAAGACUGGAUGGAGUGCUGGUUCUCUUGAAGAGAUUGGCCGACCCCACCAUAG